AUGCACAGUUACUGGUCACCAGUUUUUCUGCCAUAUCCGGAUGGCAGCCAAUAUCCCAGUAACAUUCAGAAUGUUGGUUAUCCAUUUCAAUAUGGAAUGGGAACUCUGACUCCUCACAUCGCUACAAGCUCCGCAACGAGCGGAAGAGGUUGUUCAGAGAAUAGUCCCGAUUGUAGGGAAACUGCAGUGCCAUGUACAAACUCAAUUGUUGAUGAAGAAAGUAAAGAGGAUAGACCCAAAUCACCUGAAACCGACGAUUGCACUACCGGUUCACUACAAUUAGUGCAAACGGAUGGUGAUAAUAUAAUUGAGGAGCCAAGGUCGGGGAUGGAAUUCAAUUCUUUUGAAGAUUUACAUAGUUAUUAUAAGGAUUAUGCUAAGAAAUGCGGGUUUGGGGUGAUGACACAAAGGAGUGAGAAGGGAGAUGAUCAAAGUAUCAGAUAUGUCACUCUUGGUUGUGCCCGUGGAGGGAAAGCCCGGAUUAAGAGUUUGAACGUUGCAAAGCCACGCCCGACAGGAAAGACGGAUUGUAAGGCAAGGAUUAAUGCCUUAAAGGUUGAAGGAAAGAUGCGGUUAACAACAGUCCAUAAUACACAUAAUCACGGCCUCAGUCCAAAGAAAUCUCGCUUCUUUCGUUGUAACAGAGAAGUGAGUGAGACUGUAAAAAGAGUCUUAGAUACAAACGACUUGGCUGGGAUCCGGAUGAAUAAGAGUUUCGGAUCUCUUGUCGUUGGUGCAGGAGGUUUCGAGAACCUCCCAUUUUUAGAAAAGGAUUGUCGCAAUUAUAUAGAUAAGGCACGUCAUCUACGACUUGGUGCAGGUGGUGCUGGAGUACUUCGAGAUUAUUUUUUGAGGAUGCAGUACAAGAAUAAUGGUUUUUUUGCAUUGAUGGACUUAAGUGAUGAUGGGAGGCUAAAGAAUUGUAUGGAUGGUAUACCUCCAAAAGCUAUUAUUACUGAUCAAGAUAGAGCAAUGAAAAAUGCAAUUGCUAAGGUCUUUCCAGAAAGUCGGCAUAGAUUCUGUUUAUGGCAUAUACUGAAGAAAGUUCCCGAGAAGCUUGGGUCAUAUGCUGCCUACAAAAGUGGACUAAAAAGUCACCUAAUGAAAUGUGUGUACGACACUCAAACAGUUGAGGAGUUUGAGAAAUGUUGGGAUGGGUUACUUAACACAUAUGAUUUACAUGAGAAUGUCUGGUUGAAAAGUUUAUAUGAUGAGCGUCAGCAUUGGGUACCAGUAUUCUUAAAAGAGUACUUCUGGGCUGGAAUGAGUACAACCCAGCGUAGUGAAAGUAUGAAUGCUUUUUUUGAUGGUUAUGUUCAUGCGAAGACAAAUUUGAAGGAGUUUGUCGACCAGUUUGACAGUGCACUGAGGAAAAAAAUUGAGAAUGAAAACAAUGCCGACUUCCACACAUUUAGCGUCACCAUUCCCUGUAUAUCUAGAUCUCCAAUUGAGAAGAGAUUUCAAGAGUUAUACACGAAUGCUAAAUUUAGGGAAGUCCAGCAGCAAGUAAUGGGUGUGCUCGAUAUGGAUCCGUGUCUACUUAGUGAGGAUGGUGUAAUGAAAAGAUAUCUGGUGGAAGAUGAAGUUCGCGUUGAAGAGUUCACUAAGCUUGUUACGUAUUCAGUGAACUUCAAUGUGGAAGACUGCGAUGGAAAGUGUUCAUGUGGGUUAUUCGAGAUGAGGGGGAUACUGUGUAGGCAUAUUUUAGCCAUCUUCAAAGCUAACGGUAUAAAGUUAUUGCCAGACCGGUACAUUUUAGAUCGAUGGAGGAAGGACAUUAAGAGGAGAUACACGUUAAUCCACAGUAGCUAUGAUGCUGGGAAUCAGAGGCCAGAUGGGAAUAGAUAUUCAAGUUUGCUGAAUAUAUGUUAUCAGAUGAUAACUUAUGCAGCGGGUUCCAAUGAGCAGUUUGAAGAUGCAAAAAAGAAGUUAUAUUCAAUGAUUGACUUGUACCGUGAUAAUCAACACCCCCCAUCUAUGACUCAAACAGGUUCGAAUGCUGGUUGUACAACACUGGACACAAAUGCUGUUGGUAGUUCAAAGCCCGUACUAAGUCCAAAUGUUGUGCGAGGGAAAGGAAGACCUCCAUCUUUGAGGAGAGCAUCUAGGAUGGAGAAAGAAAUGCGGAAGGUUAAAGCCAAGCAGAAAAAAGCACCAGGAACAGGGAAACGUAAACAGUUAUGUAUAUUAGCUUUAUGA